CCUUCCUUUAUACUCGUUACAAACUGAGACUCCGUCUAUCCUUUUUCGCUUCCUUCUUAGCAGCUGUGAAAAUGGCUAUCGAAUACAAAGGCAUUCGUGUUACACUUCUUCUGUUGUUGCUUCUGUCUCCUGUUGUAUUUUCUGGGCCAAAUGAUGGGUUGUUUAGAAUUGGAUUGAAAAAGAAAAAACUGGAACAAAUCAACAGGGUAGCUGGACACAUUAACUUUAAGGAAGGGAAAUUGUCAACUGAACUUUUACGGAAGUAUAAUCCCCAGGGAAGUCCUGGGCUAUCUGAUGACUCUGAAAUUGUUUCUCUCAAGAAUUACAUGGAUGCUCAGUACUUUGGAGAGAUUGGUGUCGGCACACCUCCACAGACUUUCACCGUGAUAUUUGAUACUGGAAGUUCCAAUCUUUGGGUGCCCUCUUCAAAGUGUUAUUUCUCUAUUGCUUGUUAUGUUCACUCCAAGUACAAGUCCAGUCACUCUAGUACCUACCAUAAGAAUGGGACAUCUGCUGAGAUCCAUUAUGGAACAGGAUCAAUUUCAGGUUUCUUUAGCCAGGAUGCUGUCAAAGUUGGUGAUCUUGUUGUGAAGAAUCAGGAUUUUAUUGAGGCAACCAGAGAGCCUGGUAUCACAUUCUUGGCUGCCAAGUUUGAUGGAAUAUUUGGCCUUGGAUUUCAAGAAAUCUCAGUUGGGGGUGCUAUACCGGUCUGGUACAAUAUGGUUAGCCAAGCCCUUGUUAAGGAACCAAUUUUUUCGUUUUGGUUGAACCGCGAUAUUAAAGGUGAAGAAGGAGGAGAAAUUGUGUUUGGCGGGGUUGAUUCUAAUCAUUAUAAAGGGAAGCACACAUAUGUUCCAGUGACUCAGAAAGGCUAUUGGCAGUUUGAUAUGGGUGAUGUUCUAGUUGGAGGUGAAACAACUGGAUUCUGUUCCAGUGGCUGUGCAGCAAUUGCUGAUUCUGGAACUUCAAUGUUGGCUGGCCCUACGACCAUCGUUACUCAAAUUAAUCAUGCCAUUGGUGCUGCUGGUGUUAUUAGCCAAGAAUGCAAAACAAUGGUUUCAGAAUACGGAAAAACCAUACUGGAAAUGCUGGUGUCUGAGACACAACCACAAAAAAUCUGUUCUCAAAUUAGUUUCUGUACCUUUGAUGGGACUCGAGGUGUCAGUGCACGGAUUGAGAGUGUAGCAGAGGAGAGCUCGGGCAAAUCAUCUGAUGGUGUCAAUGAUGCUAUGUGUACUGCUUGUGAGAUGGCUGUUAUUUGGAUGCAAAAUCAGCUUAGAAGAAACAAGACAGAAGAACAGAUCUUGGAUUAUGUGAAUGAUCUUUGUGAAAGACUGCCUAGUCCAAAUGGAGAAUCGGCGGUUGAUUGUCGCAGUCUUUCUUCCAUGCCUAGUGUUUCAUUUACCAUCGGUGGUAAAGUAUUUGACCUUGCACCUGAGGAGUACGUUCUAAAAGUGGGAGAGGGAGCUGUAGCUCAAUGCAUUAGUGGAUUUACUGCUUUGGACGUUCCCCCUCCUCGUGGACCUCUCUGGAUCUUGGGAGAUGUUUUUAUGGGUCGCUAUCACACUGUCUUCAACUACGAGAAACUCACAGUUGGGUUUGCUGAAGCUGCUUAAAUAUAUUAUGUGUGAAAGUGGCAGCGUGUAGUUUGAAUAUAUUAUGUUAUAAACUUAGAACAUUUUAAAUGUUGUGGACUGGGGUGUGAACUUGUAUUGCGAAUACUUGCUUCAUCAAUAUUGGUUGCCUUAAAAACAUUAAUCCACUCAUUGGAAUAA